GUUUGGGUCAUUUUGUGGUGUUGAUUAACCAGACUGAACAGCUUCAGGAACAUUGUGGUGAUUAGGUGGAGGCAGCAGACUUUUCUGCUGGGAUAAAAAGACAGAGAGCUGCUGAGGAAACAUGUGGAAGUAGCAGUAGAACAGGACAAUAUCAUGACUUAUAACCACAGCAAGAGAUUAAAACUACAAAUGGGAAUCUAGGAGUUGGCUGUGGCCAUCCAUGGCAGAUCCUUUGGUAGCACUGGCCAGUGGUCUGUCUGCUGUGCUUCUGUUUCUUUUGCUGAUUGCUCUGACUGUCUAUCUCCUGUGGAAGAAGAGACAGAGCCAGAGACAAUACCAACAACUGAUCUGCACAAACCCCACUAUUCCUCCAUGCACUCCUGUUCUCCAAACUUCACAUGGAAGCUAUGGCUUGGCAGAAGUCCCCUUCUUUCUGCCACCACGCUUCAAGAGUUCAUCCCACGCUGAAGCAAGUGAAGGGAGGGAGGAAGAGGUACAAUGGGAGCAGCAGCAGCACCUCAACACCCAGCGCGGCUCUCUGACUAUAGGCAGCUGGUUUCCUCUGGGCAAUCUGAGGCCUGACCUGUACCGGCUGCCUGAGGAGCCCAGUGAGUGGGCAGAGCCGGGCGGCUCCAACGUGCGUCUGUGUUUCGCUGUGCUGUAUCAUCAGGACAAAGAGCAGCUGGUGGUCUCUCUGCUCCGAGCUGCUAACCUGCCUGCCCCCUUCCAGAGCAACACCACACUGGUCAAACUGCAGCUCCUGCCGCCUGACGACCGACGUCAUCGCCAGGCCAAGGCCCGAUGCAAAGGCAGCCAGCCCCAGUUUAAUGACAGCUUUGUGUUUCAGGUGUCUAAUAACAGUGUGGGACAGUGUACGCUGAGCAUGAGUGUGUACAGUGUAGACCGUUUGAAGAAGCACCACAUGCUGGGCCAUGUUCUCUUCCCUCUCAGACCCUCUGAGCUCAGAGAGGCAGCAGGCAAAGUGCUGUGGAGGGACCUGGAGACUGACAGUGAUCAGCCCCUCUCAAAGCAUGGCGAUAUCCAAGUGUCUCUAAACUACAACCAGUCUCUUCAGCGCCUCACUGUGGUUGUGCUUAGAGCUCGUGGAUUCCAGUGUUCCAGCAACACUGGUGUCUGUGUGCAGGUCUCUUUGCAGAUACACACGCAGGUUGUGAAGAUGAAGUGGACUUCGGUAGCCCGAGGCAGUGAGCCCACCUUUAAUGAGAAGCUGACCUUCAGGCUCCAUCCUCGGCAGCUGGACGCUACUUGUCUGAGUCUGGAGCUCCAGCAGCCAGCCACAGAAGAGCCUGCUGAGUGUAGGCUCACCACUAGCAUCACAGCAUCAAAGUCACUGGGUCUGGUGGUCAUUGGGCCAUUCAUGUAUGCCAGAGGCAGAGAGCUGGAGCACUGGAAUGAAAUGGUCAAUAAGUCACAGGAAUUGGUCAAGCAGUGGCAUGGGCUUGGAGCAGCAAACGCCAUUCAGAGUUCAAGCUGAACAACACAAUUCAAACACAAUGCCUGUUCAUCUUCAAAAAGCUGCAUUUCAGGAGAAAGAGGACAUUAUUUCCGCAAAAAAAAGCUGCUUAAGCUGCUGUUUCCUUAAUGAAAGCAUCAUCUGCAUGUGAUGCACUUUAAAUGUUUCACAGAGUUUGUAGCAAGUAACCACUAUGAUUGAGCUAUGUGUGGAAAAACUGCCUUUAUGCAUGAUUAAGGCUAUAAAGUCCAGAAAACAUGGCCAUCUUGAUCAUGACAUUCAUUAGGGAUGCACCAAUAUGGGAAUUAUGGGCUGAAGCUGAUAUCUGAUAUUUUCAUGUACCUUUCUGCCGAUGCCAAUUUAUUAACAUUAUUAACAUUAACAUAAAAUGUUAUUAUAAAAUGUAGAAUCUGGGACUACCUGAGAGAUGUAACAUGUUUGCAGAGGGUUACACAUGCAAUAAAUUAAUAAAAUGCAGAUAUUUUAGAGCAGUGGCCUAGCGCUGCCUAAAUGUUCUGCUCCUCAAGCCUAAACACCUGUCUGAUCCCAAUAUGAUUCUGAUGUGAAUCCUUGAUAUUCAUAGUCAGAUUUGUACAUACUAAACAUACUAAACAAAAAAUGAAAGGUCACAGUGGUAGAAUCACACAGAAACUGCAUGUAUUAUUUUCGUAAUCGUGUAGUACAUUGUCAAAUUCAAAAUUAACAAAGCCUGUUGGUAAAUUCUGGCAUGUUACAAUGUGGGAAACACUGCUUAUAACACGCUGCAUAAAGACAUCUGGCUGGACAUGUUUCUGUGUUGGAUCAUGUAUUAUGGGUAUUGUUUAAUGUGUCCGUCACACCUGCGUACAUGAGCAUAAGGCUCUGUGAGCACCGUAUUCACUCACUAGUGUCCUUUUUAUAAACAGCCAGGUGUUAGCUUCGUUAGUCCAGCAGGUUGCUUAUCCUGGUCUGGGUGAGAUAGCUGCUCUGAAUCCGAAACACUGGGUUUGUUUAAGCCUCUGUGGUCUGCUGUUGAUUAUGGAAUCCAGUACAGUAAGGCCUCUUAGAUACUUAAGUGUUGCAAAGCUAGCAGACUGCACCUCUGCCUCUAUCUCCUCUAAUGUUCAGUGCAAAGCUAAGACAGACUUAAUCUGACUGGACACUUGGGUCUGACAGACUUGGGAACAAUUACCAUGUCAACUCCUUCGACUUUGUGUUUACAAACAUAUUGUUGCUGUUGGAACAAAGCCAUUUUUUUUUUUACAGAAUCUGAAAAUGUCAGCUGCUCAAUACAAUGUGUUAUAAUUUCAUGAUGAAUGGACCAACCGAAAUGCUACCAAAUGACCUGUUCGUGUUCCAUUCGAUGUUAAGAAUGUUUUCCUUAUCCUGUAAAGUUAGCAGGUUGGAGAUACAAGGUUAUGAUGUGAACAGCAACAAUACUGUUGUUGUCAUAUCAACAUCUCAUUAACUUUUUUAGUGGUGUUUUUUACACCAUUUGAAAACACCAGCUGCCCUUUAUGUUGUGCGAACAUUUCAUGAUAAAUUGACCAACAGAAACAAUCUAGGAAUAAAAUCUUGUUCCAUUAAC